GAGCUCAGUUCCCGAACGGUGAGGUCUAACAACAAAAAAUACGUAUAAAUCUACAAAAAAAUACAUAAAAGUUAUUUUCGAAUAUAGAGGAAAAAAAUUUGAAACACAUAUUUUCAAUACGUGAAAGAAGUCGCAUUAAAAUGGAUAAGAAUUUGAGCAGCGCUGGCUCGACGGCGACCGUCCAAUCGAACAUGAGCUCGGGUAUGCUGAGGUACCGCAAGGCGAAGAACAAGCGCCUGUUGCCGACCUUUGACCUGUCGCUGGAACAGAAGGUUGACAUUAAAAAGGCCUUCGAUCUUUUUGACACAGAGUGCACCGGGUUCAUUGAAGUCAAGGAGUUGCGAGUAGCAAUACGUGCCUUGGGAUUUGAGCCCGAUAAGGAUGAGAUCAAGAAUAUGAUGGAUGAGAUUGAUAAGGAUAAGACGGGUCGCAUUGCGUUCAAUGAUUUCUUGUACUUGAUGCGCUUAAAAAUGGCCGCCAAGGAUACCAAGCAGGACAUCCUAAAGGCGUUCUCAUUCUUCGAUGACGAUGGAACUGAUCACAUUUCGUUUGACAAUCUGAAGCGAGUGUCCAAAGAGUUGGGGGAGAAUCUCACCGAUGAGGAGCUGCAGGAGAUGAUCGAUGAGGCCGACUUGGAUGGCGAUGGUGAAGUUUGCCGCGAGGAAUUCCUAACUGUAAUGAAGAAAACAAAUUUGAUUUAGCUUGCAGCUUAAACAAGGAAACGACGUUGAUUAUUUUUGCUUAUAGCUUUCUAAAUACUUUAUAUUCAUUUAUAUUUUCAGGUAAUAAUUCUUGAAAAAGUUUGGAUAUGCUUCGGCUUAAUAAAAGCAGCCUCCCUUGAAACAAUA